AUCAAUUUAACUUUCCAAAACAGUUUCCCUUUUUUUUGCCUUCAUCCAAAUUACGCAAAAUGAGUUUUGAAUUAGACACUUUGAGUUACACCUUGUUAACAACAAUAGUUGGUGCAGCAGCUUUGUUAUCUGUCCGUAAUUCCAAGACUCCCGAUAUCCAUCCUUUAUUACUUAACACCCAAUCUGAUGUUUCGCGACUUCGUCAUCCCGAAGAGAGUGCCAUUUAUCGCUCCAGAAUGUACCCCAUGGGUGCACCAGUCUGCUCUACUUUUGACCGUGCCAUUCGUACCAUGUCUGACUUCUACAAAGCAGGUAACAUUGUAAAGAAUCCUUCAGCUGGAUUCUUGGGUCAAGGCGCAGAAUACUCUACUUAUGAUGCUAUUGGUAAGAGACUUGACCCCGUCUACCAAGGUCUUCGUGCUGUUGCAGGUUUAGUACCACAAUCAGGAAACGAAAGCUCGUUUGUUGGUAUCUACUCUUCAAACUCUCUUCACACUAUUCUUACGGAAAUUGCAUGUCACAGCAACGGUCUUGUCACUAUCCCCAUUUCUUCUUAUGCAUCUUCGACCCACGCAUCUCAUGUUAUUCAAAAGACUGGUCUCAAAAUAUUGAUUACCCAAACCGAAUACUUGAGCCGUGUUUUAUCUCUUUCCAAGGGAACCACUUUAAAAUAUGUUGUAGUUGUUGGAGAGAUCACUUCCGAAAACAAAAGACAAGCCGAUAUUGCCGGCAUUGAAUUAAUCGCCUUUGAAGAACUCGAAGUUAGAGGAAAAGCCGAAACUUUUGAUGCUGUUCAAGUUGUGCCCAAUGAUAUGGCCAGUAUUUUCUUUAGCUCAUCCAUUGAAAAGGAAUCCAAGAACGGCGUUGUCUUGACACACAAGAAUUUAUUAUCGAACAUCUCAUCUUACCUGUUGGUUAUCCCACCUCAACAAAGAAUUACUCCUAAGGAUCGCUUAUUGUUAAACUUACCCAUCGAUAACGUUCUUGGACAUGUUCUGGUUGCCGUUAUUAGUCUGUUAGGAGGGUCCGUUGCAUUUAGUGAAGAGGUAAACGAUUCUGAUAACAUCGAUAUCGGGGUCUCCCUUACUUCCAUUGCUAAAUCCAAGCCCACAAUUUUGGCCAGUGGCUCUGGAUUCUUAAAUCAAGUUAAACAAUUGAUUGAAUCCAGAUAUGGACAAUCUUUCCUAUUCAAACGUGGAUAUGAAGUUAAGAAGGAAUAUCUUACUGAAUGUAGAUUGAUCGAUGAUUGUAAAUAUGAUAUGGUGGUCUUCAGAGAUAUCCGUCAAACCUUAUUGGGUGGCAAUUUAAGAUUGAUCAUUAUCGACAAUGAUGAUCUUUCUGACCCUUCAUUGGCCAGCUUUUUAAGAAUUGUUCUUAGCACUCAAGUACUUCAAACUUUCAACUUAACGGAAACAUGUGGAACAGUCACAGCUUCCAUGUUUUAUGACUAUAAUGCCGAUCCUCACGCCAAAGGUGCACCAUUCCCCUGUAAUGAAAUCAAACUUAUUGAUGUCCCUGAACGUUCUUACACUGCCGAAGAUAAGCCCAAUCCUCGUGGAGAAAUUUGGGUUCGUGGUAACAAUGUUUUCAAAGGAUAUUACAAGGACGCUGCUGCCACCUCAGAUGUUCUUGAUGCAGAUGGUUGGUUUAUGACUGGAUAUCUUGGUGAAAUUUUACCUAAUGGCACUUUCAAAAUUAUUGGUAGAAAGGCAUAAAGGGGAGAGCGUAACAAAAUUAAAAUGUAUUAUGAUUAGUAAUUUCUAUUAAAAAAAAACUGUCUAUGGUUUAUUAUUAUUCUUUAAAUUUAAUGUCCAGGGACGUCUUAAAAGUGGGUGUGCUUCUGUAUUUA